AUGUCCAACAAACAUCCCUCCUCCACGGCAGGGGAUCCACGAGCGAUGUAUGACAGAAAGCCUCUCUCGAAGAGACCGCGCGUGGGUCGUCUCACAUCUCAUGUGUCGGACUCAGAUGCCAAUGCGCCCUUACCGGGCAAUCCUCACAAGAAGCAGAAGAAGAUCUUGGAAACGGAUCCUAACAUGUCAAAUCCUCGCCUGUUGGUGAAUCGCGCAUGCAUUUAUGAGCGCAAUUUACCAGGGGACGCCUAUAUCACUGCUCAUGUUGCUCGUCUUCAACAUGGCUAUUACGCCAGUAAGGCUGUAUCCGACAACGAUGCAGAGUACGUUGAUUUCCUAGCAAUCAGCUUCGUCUUUCACACCUCGCGGACUCUUCAACAUCGGUUCAAGUCUGCCACCAUCAAGGCCUCAAUACGAAGUGCCCGCGGGAAGGGGCACCUUCGUCGCAAUCGACAUGGCUCUCCGCCCGUCAAUCCGCACUUCCUCAUGCAUGCACCACAUCUGAUCUACGGCCAUGUAUCACCCGAAACCAUGGAGUGGACAUUCAGUCUGGCCGGUGCACUGGGAGUAUCGGAGACGCCGGUCAGUGCUUGUAUCAUGCCGUCGCACAAGACGACGGGAAGAUACCGACGAUAUGAGAUGAUGCGCGUCCAGGGCUCUGCUCGCACUUUGAAAAGCACGCGGGGUGCACAGUUUGAUGUUGAAGCGGGGGAGAUUGUCUGGUCUCUCGAAGAGAAUAGUCUUCAACGUACUGGGCUUCCACGAGAGUUCACUUUCGUGAUGCUUGUCCAAAAGCCAUCGGCUACGAGUGCGCUCUCCUUGGACCUAGAGAUUGAACCCGUGGUCCAAGCCAUGGUGGGAAAGUACCCCAGCUGGCUUCUUGGACUAAGUCCUUACCAGCCACUACCACGCCGAGGUGUUGAUUUCAAUCAAGAGAUCGGUCAGCGCUUUGAGCCCGUGGACGCAAGUCGGGGUUUCAACUUCGCGGCGUUGGAGAGUUCAUUCGAUGACUACAUCGCCAUGCCGGGCCGCAAAUAUACACGACAGGUAAGAUGUUUCACCUCAUCAAUGAGCACUGAGCAGGAAAGAGUCGGACUAGUGAGCACGGCCAAAGGAAGAGAUAAGACUGACAUGGGCCUCGAUAGAUUGAGUACCCAGAUGAAACAUCCCCAGCACCAAACCAAGACAACGAUCAAAGUGACAACCACGAUCGUGACCACGACCACGACCACGACCACGACCACGACCACAAUCACAACCACACAUGUACCCACUGUACCCUCGGCCCGCUGCAACAGCUCCAUUUCAACGCCAUGGUCCUUCAGAACCACAUGCUUCAGUCCCACGUGA